GGUGAAUUACAUCGGCGCUGGUGUCGUAUCGCCGCGGUCGAGCCCAAUGCGCGCAGGUAGCUUUCCAGCAAGUCCAGGAGUGCCAGAGAUCACUUCCAGGACCCUGACGUCCGCGAACCUGCGCUGGUCCGCCCCCGCCUCGCUGGGCGCGGGGAUCGACACGUACCGGCUGUUCAUGAGCGGCCCCGACGACGGCGGUUUCUUCGAGGAGGUGUACAGUGGCCCCGACAUCUCGUUCACGAAGGCGGCGCUGACCCCAGGCAUGGUCUACCAGUUCCGCGUCUCGGCGGUCAACGUCAUCGGGGAGGGCCCCCCGAGCGCCGUGCGGCAGGCGAGCGCCUGCGGGGGGGGUGGUGCAUCAGCAAGACGCGAGCGGGCAGGCGCGCGCUCGCGCGCGCCGAUCGCCUGGCCUCGCAGAUGCAUGUGGGCGCUAACACUGCUUUUGGGUUCG